AUGGCGUUCACCAACUUUCUAACGCUAUUUAGUUUGCUCGUUGCGCUACUUCGUUUGCAAGAAGUACAAACAACAGCAUUUGUACAUGCGGCUGAUGUUCGAGCACAUUGGGUGUGUCCUAUUGUUGGUUGCUCGCUUGUGUGCUUGAAUGAAGGCUCAAUUGUGCAACCAUGUAGUUGCAAAUGUGCUCCACAAUGGACAGGAUACGAUUGCUCAGAACCAUGUGGCGGUAACCUUUCUUUGGUCACUGGUCAUAUAACGUCACCAGGAUUUCCAAAGAAUUACAAAAAUUAUGAAAACUGUAGUUGGAUUGUCGAAGUGCCUCCAGAAUCUACCGUCGUUUUGUCGUUUAAAUCCUUUGAUCUAGAAAGAUUUAUCGAUUAUGUCAAAGUUUACAAGGGAGAAACAACUGAAUCUGAACUGGUCGGCAAAUACACCUCAAACGAAAUUCCGUUCGAAACAAUUAUGGAAAAGUCGUUUCUAAUAGUAUUUACAACCGACUCCUCAGUCACUCGACAAGGAUUUUCUCUAUAUUGGAAUACAUAUAAAGGCUACAUUCCCAGAUUCUUAAAUGCAACCAAUGGAAACCAUAUCCACGUCACAGUAAUUAAAGGAAACAAAGUUAGCUUUCUCUGUGAUGCUAUCGGAAUUCCCAAACCACAAAUUGUCUGGAAAAAGGACGGUCUUACGAUUGCUAAAAAUAGAAAGCUGUUUGUCACACAAAGUGGGAGUGAGCUUAUCUUUUCUCGUGUCAACGAAACGGAUACAGGUUGGUACACGUGCGAGGCAGGAAACUACUUGGGGAAGACACAGAAGAGUUAUCAACUAACAGUUCAUGUUUUCCCGGUCAUUACACAAAUGCCGGUCAGUAUUUAUCUUGAACCAUUCGUUCCAUAUACUGAGCAAGCAGCAUUUUGGUGCAAAGUGUAUGGCAUUCCUGAGCCUGAAGUCAACUGGAAAAAGGAUGGGAUAUCAAUAGAUACUUUAAGCCAUUACUAUAAAAAAGGAAGGCAAUGGUUGCAAAUUGAUUUCGUUGAGCAUGUUGAUCUUGGAAACUACUCCUGUUAUGCUAACAACUCAUUGGGUCAAGUAGAGUCAAUUGCAGCCACGUUAUAUGCGUCAAAUACUACCGGCUUAUUGCAUUAUGUCUAUUUUUAUUACCGCCCUUCGUCUGUUCCCAUGUACCCAAGUGCUGAAAUUGAAAUAACUUGCGAUUUGAUUUUUGGAUACUGCGACGUCGAUCUUGGAAAGGCCAGAAUUUACAGAAACGGAAUUUAUGUAAAUACUUCAACUGAUGACCGAUUUGUUCUCGAUGAAUCCAUACACGAUAUUACAAUUUUUGUUUCAAAUUUAACUGAAGCCGAUGUCGGAAUAUACGAAAUACGGUUGGUCGAUCACGGCGUUUCUUGGUUUACUUUCAUCGACGUUCCUGGUUUACCCGUCACACUUAUAACAUCUAAAAAGGAAGACAGGAAAAGUUUUUACGACGAAAGGACUAUUACCUGUCAGUCUAGAAUCGUCAAUCCAAAACCCAUGUUUGUCUGGUACAAAAAUGGUGUUGCUAUAAAUACCGCGGGCAAUGGAUACAAAAUCUCUGCUGACUAUUUCAAGAGUUAUCUGACAAUACAAUACUAUUCGACUAAACAAAGAGAUGACGUUUACAACUGUACAGCAAUUAAUCGUGUGGGAAGCAGUACAGCAAGUACUAGAGUGACCUUUCAAGGCAUGAGCAAGCAAACUCUACGAUUACAUAGAAAAAUUAUUAAACUCUUGAACAUGUGCUUUUCAUGA